AGAGACGCCACUGGUGAAGUCAUCGAACAGUUCGUCUGUGUUUAUUUUUCUCAAAAAGGCACUUUUUCUCAGGAAAAAUGCCUCUGUUUGACUCUGUAAUGCAAGAAAAGCCCGCUGUGGUCUUUGAGAUAGGUUCCGCAUAUACAAAGUUAGGAUUCGCUGCUGAGGCCCAUCCCAGAUUCAUCCUUCCCACGGAAGUUUUGGACCCCAACACUGGCAAGGCCACAAAUCUUUUCUCAUUCCACGGAACAGAGCUCUACGAUAAAGUGGUCACAUUCCUCAAUGAGCUGUUCUUCAAGUACGUUCUCGUGAGUCCCAAGGAUCGACGGAUCGUUGUGGUGGAGAGUGUGCUCUGUCCAACGGAGUUCCGGGAGUGUCUCGCCAAGGCAUUCUUCAAGCACUUCGAGGUGUCUCUGGUGUUCUUCGUGCCGACGCAUCUGGUAAUCCUCACCACAUUGGCCGUGAGCACUGCUCUGGUAAUUGACUUGGGAUUCAAGGAAGCCGUCGUGCUGCCAGUCUACAGCGGAGUGCAAGUGCUGCACGCCUGGCAAGCUCAGCCGCUGGCUUCAGAAGCUAUUCAUAGCGAGAUUCGGCGCCAGUUGCUCGCGUCAGGAGUCACAGAAUCUCUCCUGACGGAGGAUUUGAUUGAGAAUGUCAAAGUAAGAACUUGCUUUGUGACGAAAUUCGACCGGGCGAUGAAGUAUCGCGAGGGAAAACCUCCAACACCGUGUCCGGACGUUGAAUAUCCCGCUGGCGGGAAAGAAGUCAUCAAAGUCAGCGGAGAGCUGAGAGAAACCGCAUUCGAAGUGCUUUUUCCGGAAGACAAUGAUCAUCUGGGCUUACCUUACUUAAUCUUGGAAGCAAUUCUAAAGUGUCCUCUGGAUAUGAGACGCCAAUUGUCGGAGAAUAUUGUUUUGAUUGGGGGAACAGCGAUGAUUCCUGGCUUGACUGCGAGACUUCAGGAGGAAUUGAAGCAUUUGCUGGACAGCGAUCUCUACAAGGGGAAACUCUUCCUCCAGUCGUUCAAAUUUCACACUCCUCCCGCGAAAGCGAACUUCACCGCCUGGCUGGGAGGCUCAAUCUACGGAGGAACAGACCUGCUCAUAUCGCGAUCCCUCACGAAGGAGGCGUACAGCAAAAAUCCACGCGUUCCGGAUUGGACGCACCUAGACGACAAGAGGAGUCACGGCAGCAACUGAGGAAAACAC